AUGAUUCUCUUUCAGGUGUGGGAUACGAGCAUUAUUGAAUCUGCCAUGGCUGCUUUCUAUAAUUCGGAUCUCACAACCAUGAUUAACUCGAUUCAGAGUAAUAUAACGGACAAUCAACUGCAGCUGUGGGGAGACUGUGAGGGGAAUCAAACAGUCUAUCCAAAUGUGUUUGCUUCUGAAAGUAUCAGUUUGGCGUGCAAGUAUGCAUACAGGAAUGCUACACCAGGAAGCACCCUGACUGAUGAGUACUUCCUUUCUCGGCUGCCUAUUGUGUAA